AUGUUACAGGAUGUAGAAAGUUAUGAUCCUAUAUUAAAUCCUGUAUUAAAUCGUGAGUUAAGAAGAACAGGUGGUCGUGUAUUGAUAACUCUUGGAGAUCAAGAUAUUGAUUUAUCUCCCUCUUUCACCAUCUUCCUGUCUACAAGAGACCCAAAUGUUGAAUUUCCACCAGAUAUCUGUUCCCGAGUCACGUUUGUCAACUUCACAGUAACAAGAAGUAGUUUACAGAGUCAAUGUUUGAAUCAAGUAUUAAAGUCUGAACGACCAGAUGUGGAUGAAAAGAGAUCCGAUCUACUCAAAUUACAAGGUGAAUUCCAGUUGAGAUUACGACAACUAGAGAAAUCUCUACUACAAGCUCUCAAUGAUGUUAAAGGAAAGAUUCUAGAUGAUGACAGUAUUUUGAGCCAUCUUGAAACAUUAAAAACAGAGGCUGCUGAGGUAGCAAGGAAAGUAGAAGAAACAGACGUAGUCAUGGCUGAAGUAGAAACUACAUCUCAACAAUACGUACCACUAGCUCAGUCAUGUAGUUCUAUAUAUUUUACACUAGAGGCUCUACAACAGGUUCACUUCCUGUACCAGUAUUCACUUCAACUAUUUUUUGAGAUUUUCCAUUCUGUGUUAUCAAACAACCCAAGGUUGAAUGGAGUGAAGGAAUACGCCUCCCGAUUGUCGAUUAUUACUACAGACUUGUUCCAGGUAGGUACUGGUUGA